GAAGGAUAUCGCGUUCAGACAGACAACACAACACAACACAACACGAGCAAGUACUUUGAAGACGUCAAAAUUUGAACCCGGUUCCCAAAUCCUUCGAAGGUUCAGUCUUUGAUUUGAUAAGUUAUCUCCACAGCCUUCAAGUACAAUAACAGAUCAAGAUCCUUCAACUUUGAAGCUUCAAACUUCAAAGAUGAGAAUUGGGCUACCAGAGCUGUUUGUUUUUCUUCUUCUUGCAAUUUUGUCCAGCCCAGAAGCUGUUUUUGGUAUUAGAAUUGUGAUUGACAGAGAAGAAUGCUUCUCACAUGAUGUUAAAUAUGAAGGGGAUACAGUUCAUGCAUCUUUUGUCGUCAUCAAGGUCGAUUCAGCGUGGCAUUUUAGUGAAGAUGGUGUUGAUCUUGUGGUGAAGGGACCUUCUGGUGACCAGAUUCAUGAUUUUCGUAAUAAAGUAAGCGAGAAAUUUGAAUUUAUGGCUCGCCAGAAAGGGGUCCACCGCUUCUGCUUCACUAAUAAAUCUCCUUACCAUGAAACCAUAGACUUUGAUGUUCAUGUUGGCCAUUUUUCAUAUUAUGAUGAGCAUGCAAAAGACGAACAUUUUAAACCUUUGUUAGAUCAGAUAUCGAAGUUAGAGGAAGCUCUUUAUAAUAUUCAAUUUGAACAGCAUUGGCUAGAAGCUCAGACUGAACGCCAGGCAAUAGUGAAUGAUGCGAUGAGCAGGAGGGCAAUUCACAAGGCAUUUUACGAAUCUGCAGCGCUCGUUGGUGCUAGCGUUGUCCAAGUUUACCUUCUCCGCCGCCUGUUCGAUCGUAAACUUGGCAUGUCUAGAGUUUAGUUUUGGCGCAGGAUAUCGCAUAAUUUGUUAAUUGAAAUUACACAAUUUGAACGCAUUUUAGGAACUUGUUUCUUCUUUGUGUUUUGUCAAUGAGUAAAAGGCUGAUCUAGAAAACCAUGAAAUGAGAAACUCCCUUUGCCUUUUAGUUGAUUGUUACAAAUCUACGGAUUUUCCUUGUAUGUUGGUAGUCUUUCGUUUCUUGUAUAAGGCAUCACAGGUCCCUUGAUUCCUUGAGGAGUGAAGACAAUAAAUUGCCAUAUUUUAUGCA